AUGAGCCCUGCGAAUGAAGAGCACUGCAAUGGUAUGAAAUUUUUACUUGGGAAAUUUGAAAAGGCAGCAGUAGUUCCCAGCGAUCCUAUGGAUAAGAUAUGGAUGUUUCGUAUCCGAGGACGUGCUGAUCCAAAAUGGGCAACUCCGGAGCAAAAAUAUCCCGGCAUGGAGAGACGUAGCAUUGGUACAGCUUGUAAUAUUUUUGGAAUAGGUGCGCUGCUAUAUUACAUGAUAACAGGCAAAGAACUCGGGGAAAGUGCUUGGAACAUUGGCAUCUCAGAUUCGCCUACUGAUCAAGGACUGAAGCUUUAUUUUGGUGCAGAUCUAAUAACAGAGCCUAUUGCAACACAACAAGAGUAUUCGAAAGCGCUUAUUAGGACAAUUCUACAAUGCCUCGCAUAUCACCCCGGGGAUCGAAUUGAUGCAAAGGAACUCCAAGCAUUGAGUGCCAAGGCAUUGAAUCUCGUUGACAGACAACGUAUGCCAGGAGAAGUGCGAUAUAAUCCGGGUGAUCCUGCCGUAAUUCUUGAACCACAGGAAGAAUUGCAACCUAAUGACUACACUCCCUCAGACCUGAACCUCAAGGUAUACAAGCCGCCCGCAGAUCAGCCUGAGACGUUGCGAGCCAGAGCGGAUAAAUGGAUUAAACGCUUCUUCCUAUUUCCCGACAGCACGAAGAGUCAGCAGGCGAGAGAGAAACAACGAUUAGAAUAUGAGAGACAAAUCGAGAUACAGAAACAAGCAGAGGCCGCAGAAGUGGCCAGAAAGCAGACACUGAUUGAUAUUGAAACUGCUGAAGCAGAGGAACUCCGUCUUCAAAUUGAAGAGGAAGAAGAAGAAGACCGUAGAAUAGCCAAACAACGUGCAGAGAAGAGAGCUAAAAUAGCUGCGGAUAUAGCACGAAAGAAGGCAGCCGUUAGUGGUGAAGAGGGAGAACAGACACUGCUGCCUCCACCUGCUCGUAAACGUGAUCGAUCUCCUGAGCCUGUUGAAGAGAGAAGCCGUAAAAGAGCCCGUCCUGCAUCACCUCACAGAGCGAAUACCCCAGACAUAGCUGCGGCCCAAGAAGGUGGUGUUCAACCAAUGGAUAUUGAUAGCAAUAAAGACAAGAACAUUCCACCACCGGGAGAUACAGACAAACCUUCUGGAGCUUCAAAUUCUCCAGCAGGAGCUCAGCCGUACAAAUUUGAUUUGGAUCCAAACAUCGCUAUUGAAGAGGACCCGCGAAUACGCGGCGAUCCUUCUUUCCAAGUUAAAUAUGCUGGUAUGAACAUCACCGUAGAGAAACUUGACAACCAACCCAUGUUUUGGAGGGAUCGGGCUUGGUGGAAGGGUGCGCUCUUUGAGAAAGCGAAUCUUCCGCCAGAGGGCAAAGCCUUUUAUGAUUUUAUCCAGAGUACGCAUGGGAGGAUACCACAAGCAUUUUCAUGGUCAGCUCAAGCAUUGGCAAUGCGGAAGGGGGCAAAGGAGAAUCAGCCACAAGAUGAGAAGGAAAAAGAGAAGGAGAGGCAAGAGAAGGAGAGACAAGAGAGGGAAAGACAAGAGAGAGAAAGACAAGAGAGGGAAAGACAAGAGAGAGAAAGACAAGAGAGGGAAAAACAAAAGAGGGAAGAGGCCAAAGCCAAGGAGGAAGAGGAAGCGAGAGAGCGGCGAGCCUAUUGGGACCGGCUGGAGAGGGAAACAAAUCCAACAAAACAACAAUAUAGGCAGGAAACGCGAGACCUUGGGGAAAUAAAGGCAGCUGAAGCCAAAAAGAAAAGACUGAAUCCACGACUCGAUCCGCAAAUUGCUGUUAAUGGUGAAUACCAAAUUACUUGGAAUGACUCGACACAUCUUGUUCGAGAACUUGAGUUUUGGUGGGAGCCAUUUCCGUGGGAAGACUAUGCUUGGUGGCAGGGCGAUCUUGUGAAAAAGGAUGAAAUUCCUCUUGCGGGCUGGAGAUAUUAUCGAGAUUUGGAAGAACAGGGAAUACACCUUGUGGCGCAUGGAGGAGGCUAUGAAGAAACAAAAAAGGAGUUGCGAAGUGUAGCGGAGAUGAUACGUAAAUUCGACGAAAAACAGGGCAAAAAAGAUGGACACUUGGGUUUAAUGAAUCCUCCUCUUGGUGGCGCAGGGAGAGCCAUAGAUGAUGAUUACAAAUCGCCUAGCACUCGUAAACCUCGAAAUGCCGUGUAUGGAAUGACCAUAAAGAGUUCGGGAUAUCAGGAAGCGUACAAAGCAUUGCGUCCUGGAGAAGAUGUUGAUCAGGAUUCUGAUGACUCUGUGCAGGAGGUAGCCCCUCCAAAAGCAAACGCUCGCUCUCGCCCACCCCCUCGACCAUCUCGUUCUGUAAAGGCGUCGCCAGCACCAAAAUUAUCAUCAGUUGGCGCUCUUCCAUGGUUCUGUUCAUAUUGUAAUGAAAAGCAAGGUGGUUAUAUGAAAAAAGGGUCAUGUGCAAGCCAUAUAGCAAACAAACACAGUACGAAAAAAGGAGUACCCAAAAGAACCCCAUUUGUUCCUAAGAGUACUGUUCGAAAAGCUGCUGUCCGAGCAGUGGCGAAUUACCUUCCUGAUGAUGACGAUGAUGAUUACUGGGCUUAA